GCGGAUGCCACCUUGACGCAGCAACUGCUGGUCGACGGCAUCCUGCCCAGUUUGGCCCCGUUGUUAGUGGACACCGCUGGCAAGCGUGAACCACUAUGUGAAGUUGUUUACGCCUACACCCAGCCCCAGGUGCUGGCAAGGCUGAAUGUCCUGCGCGGCUUGAAAGAGGGAAUGUCAAGCAUGCCAGCCUACAUCUGCUGCCUGUCUUAUUUCUUGCCCAUGGAGCUUGAGUUGGGCCUGGAUGACGAGCAUCUGCUGCGACACUACCAGUACUACGCCCUUGUAGCGCUGCAGAGCCAAGAGCCGAGUGUACGCGUGGCGGGUCUGACGAUGCUCAGCGCCGUGUCACUUCAAUCAACGCACUUCGCGACGAAUGUGCUGCAGGAGGUGCACAAUUUCGCAAGCCUGGGCCGGGACGAGUGGUGGGAGGUUCAGGGGCAGUUCCUGCUCCUUGCUGGGCGCCUGCUGGAACACACAGCCAGCCUCAGCGAAGCGGGCAAGGCGGGCCACGAAGCGGCCACCGAACAGUUGAUUGCG